AUGGUCUCUGAGAAAGAGGAUUACUCCUCUGGACCUGACGAUGCCUCUACCGGCCCCAAUAUCUUCCUCCCAUCCGCCAUCAGGCCUCAGCAUCGCCCUCUUCAUGAUUCCAGCGUCACUCUCGAAGAGUACAUGUACUAUGCCGAGAAGACAAGAGCAGAGGAAGAUGCCGUCGCAGCCACAAAGCCACCCACAACUUUCAUGGAGCUGAUCUUCCCAUCAAAAGGAACAGCGAGAAGGAUAGAGGGAUUCCAACCCAACGAGAAGGAAGCAAAAGAGAACCCGCCCGCUCACACUGACGCGGCGGCCUCUGGUAACAAACUGCUCAUCACAGAUCUGGAAUGGACAAACGCGAGCCGGGCUCUGCGUUCCGCUAGUGCAGCUGCUUGCUUUUACUUGAUCACGACCGACAUCUUGGGUCCUUUUGGAGUUGGUUUCUCCAUCGGUACUAUGGGUUGGGGAGAAGGUAUUGGACUAUUCACCCUGUUCGGUAUCUGCGCUGGAUUUUCCGGCUACCUUCUCUGGAAAGUCUUCUUGGAUGUCGACUCAUACGAGUUUCCGGCCAAGAACUACGGCGAUCUUGGAUUCCGCAUCUGGGGUCCUUGGCUUCGCUAUACCAUCAAUUUCCUUCAGGCUCUGCAGCUCAUGAUUAGCGUUGGUAUCCUCGUUAUCAGCAAUGGUCUUUCCAUCUCGCAGGUGUCCAAAUUCCGCCUUUGCUACAUCGUAUGCUGCCUGAUCUGGGCGGUUGUGGGCUUCUUCCUGGGACAAAUCCGGACGCUUAACAAGUUGGGCUUCUUGGCGAACUUUGCUGUCGUCCUCAACUUGAUGAUCAUGUUCAUCAGCAUGGGUGUGAUGGCCCAUAGCGAGCCCAACUAUGGUGCUGCUCAGGCUGGUUCUGCUGGAGCUGCUUUGGGUGGCGCAUCAGUUACGCCAUUUGCCAACGGAACUUAUCCUCCUAUCGAGAGACAUGGUGGCGUUCCUCCUUCGACCAACGGCUUCACCGGCUCUAUCAACGGUCUCAUGAACGGUGUCUAUGCGUACGGAGGUGCGCAGCUGUUUGUCGAGUUCAUGGCCGAGCUUCAGCGACCCCGAGAUUUCCUCAAGGCCAUGUGGGGUGCUCAGUUCUUCAUCUACGCCUGCUACAUGUCCUAUGGAUCGUUUGUUUACUUCUACCAGGGACAAUAUGCCAACCAGCUCGCCUACCAGGGACUGUCGCCUUAUGCCUGGCAGACUGUCUGCAACAUGCUUGCUGUCCUCAGUGGAAUCAUUGCUGCAACUCUAUACGGCAACAUCGGAAUCAAGGUCAUCUACAACAACGUGUUCAUGGAGGUGUUUAGAGCUCCACCUCUCACCACUACCGGUGGCAAGAUCCUCUGGGCCGUCACGGUCCCGAUUUACUGGAGCAUCGCCUUCAUCAUUGCUGCUUCUAUCCCCGACUUUUUCGGCCUGACUAGCGUUAUCGCUGCAAUUUGCCUGGUGCAAUUCACGUACACGUUCCCUGCAUUUAUCGGCCUCGGACUCUUUGUUCAGAAGAACGCGAUGCAAGGAGAGGAGGCUUUCAACCCGGUAACUGGCGCUGUUUACCGUCGGGACUCUGGAAUCAAGCGAUGGAUCCGUGGUUUCUUUGCCAAGUUCUGGUAUCUGAAUGCUAUGCUUCUGGUCUACACGCUUGGCUCCAUGGCGCUGAGUGGACUAGGAGCAUAUGCUGCGAUCAAGGGCUUGAUGGACGCUUUCUCGUCGCCACAGAUUAACGCAUUUACAUGCACAUCUCCCCUACAGGGCUAA